AUGCUUCAAGGAGAGCAAGAACAGUUCUUAUCCUACAAUGGAGAAGUCCUGGUAUUUCAUUUGUCAAAACCAAAACAUGUAGAGGGAGCAGCUGAUAAAACAGUGAACUUAAGUGUCAGAAGAAUGGCAUUUGACAGAGAUGCUCAACUGUUCAUUCAGAAAUCUUCUGGAGUGUUCAACAUGCAUGCCAGUCACUUAGAAGUUGAAAUAAUUUGCUGUGGCUGCACAACAGAUUCUAGAACAGGGAUUAUUCUUCCCUGCAUUUUGAUUAAAAAGAAAAAAAGGAAUAAUGUUGUCAAAUACCUUCUAUUGUUGCUUCACAGCUCAAAUCAGUUUGAGCAGUCCUUUCAUUUUAAAUUAGAUUAUGAACUGAAAGAAGACAUAAGGUUGUUUACUGGCCCUUCAGUCUUGUGGAGACAUGCCAACAAGCUGUUCUACAUCUCUUCAGACACCUGCACGGUUCUAAGUGCUCCUGCUCAGGUUUCUUCUGUUGUGUGGACAGGUGAAAUUGAGGGUGAAGGUACUGUUGCUUUAGGGAUAAGAACUGCUUGCCUGCUAGAGAGUGAAGAUGAGGAUGAGUUUUCCGCUUCAGACAGAGCCAUCUGGGGUAGUGAGUUCUUUGGGUACGCAAUUGAAACACAAAAAAUGUUAACUGGCACGAGCUUCAUGCCUCAUGCUUACAGCAGGGUGGUAUCUUCUGUCCAUGUCUGCAAGAAUCAAAUGCUGAAAAAACAGCUUCGAAUAUCACUUGUCACUGUAACUCACAAGAAUCAGCUUAUUUGCUUCCAAGAAGGUCGCCCUAAAGGUGUUUGUGAACUUCCUUAUGAGAAACCGUGUUCAGUUAAAACAGUUCUAACCAGUACCAAUGAUUUGCUAUUUGUAGUGACUUUUGCCUCUGGAAAUAUCUGUGUUGUACAAAGGAGAGACAGCUUACAGGUUGUUUCCAAAUGGCAAAAAGUGAAGUCUGUUCUGGUGGAUGAUUUUAUUGGCUCUGGAAAUGAGCAACUGUUACUGCUUUUUAAGGAUGACUCCAAUACAGAAGUGUUAAGUACAUUCAGAAUAACAGAUCUUGGAGCAGUCAACUAUGCAAGUGGUGUUAAGUAUGAACAUGAUGUUCCUGCUGCAGCAGGAUUGGAAGAGAAUGGUUUGCUUACUGUCAGAGCCCUUGAAACAAGAUUACAGGCUGGUUACACCUCUGUUCAAGAGCUACAGCAGCAUUUAGAACUCAAAAAGAGGGUUAUUCUUGAAUCUUGCAGAGCAUUAAUAGAUCUUGUUGAAGAAAGAACCCAUGUUCUACCAGCUGCAAAAGAGGAAGGUCUUGUCUCUCUCUGGGAUGAUGUAGAAAAUACUCCUCAUUCUCUUAGUAAAGAGACAUCGGUGGCGUCUAAAGUUCCAGAGCACUUCAUAGAGAAAUUGUGGUGGCGUGUUGUGGGUGACACCUUGGUAGUUGGAGCAGAGCUAACUGAAUCAUUGUACUUGUCACUGAGUGAUGUCAGUCUAUCUUUAGUGAUGGAUCAAGACUUCUCUUCAAUUUCUCCGAUGAUCAAGUGUCAAAAUAAAAUCAUUAAGCUGAACAAAGCCUUCUCAGCAUUGUCUGUCUCCUCGUGUCAAAUUGAGCCUCCUCCAAAAAAGAUUAAAUUGGACUUACAUAGCAAAAACUAUCAGAAAGAAGAUUUCCCCAAGAGAUGUUCAAGGGUUCAGCUGGAUGGAACAAAGACAGUCAUUGCCAUUACCAGCCUUUCACGAUUGCUGGCAUUUCAUCAUGUAUGUUGCAUAGUUCUUCUACAUGCAAAGAAACAAAAACUUUGGAAUGAUUGUUUACAGGAGAGCAAAAAGAUUACUGUACUCUGUGGGAAAAUUUUGUUAAGUCUGGAUGAUAUUUCAAAUGGAAAAUAUUCAGUGAAGAUGCAAAGGGAUAAUAGUUACUGUACAGGUUCCAUGGAAGAUAUAUUUACUGUCCUUGCAGUAUCUGUCAGAUUCUCCUUUCAGAUUGUGUCUUCUGACUGCACAUUAACUUCAGUAAAUUCAUGGUUACUGGGAGAAAUGGAGUGCACACCGUUUAGGGAAUGCCAGGACAACGUAUUCUGUCAUAAAGCAGGAGAUGUGUAUGGUACAGUUUUUAACUGGACUCUAAAAAAUCCAUUUGAAGGAGUUCUAACAUUAUUUUGCAGGAACCUGACCGUGUUAUUCCAGUGCCUUCAUAGCCUUACUAGAGUUCUCCCACCAGGUUGUGAUGUAAAACUCCUGAGAUCUGGAAGCAAAGGUGUACUUAAUGAACAGUUAGCACUGGCUUUGGAAAACGAAAUGCUCACCUUGAGGAGGUCUUUCUUCACAAAAGAAAGUAAAGCUGAAAACAGCCUGACACGAGUGAAUGAGCCUAGCAAGAAGAUCAUUGAUACUCCCAUGGCUUCUUUACUGGACAGUGAAGAGGGAGUUCAGCAAUUCAGAAAGAAGCUUCAGAGUGAACGGGAAGAGUGUGAGCGAAGUAUGAAUCAGACAAUGGCUGGUGCCCUUUACCGGGAAACUGCUUUGAAAAUAGCAGAAGCUCAGCUCAAUUCAGAUACAAUUGUGUGGAGACUGAGCAAGUCCUAG